CUUAAAAUGUCAAAACGGUGAUUAUCACCGAAUUUGCAAUGUUGUUGAAAAUAACAUCAUCUUGUUGUUAAUAAAAAAGUAGUUGUAAUUUAUUUAAUUAGGACCCUUUAGUUGUUUAUUUUGUAGAAAUAAGUAUAUAGUUUGAAAAUGAUUUAUUCCUUUUUAUGACAUUUUAGAAAUAUUGUCAAACUUUUGAUAAAAUGAAAAUGUUCCUUUGAGUACAAUUAUAUUUUGUACUUAUCAUCAAAUUGAAAUGUAUUUUAUUACUUUGAAAAACGUUAGAAAAAGUUUACAAAAUGCCAGGCUCAAAAUCACGUAACAAAGGACCAAAAGGACAAAAGAAACAGAAUUUAACUAAAAAGACAACAAAGAAUUUGGGUGACAUCACCAUCAAUGAUUUUGCCAAUUCAUCCAGUGGAUCACAUUCAAGAUUAAAAAAAGCCGUCGCAAAUGUAACUUCUGAUGUGAAACAGAGAUUAAUUAUAACAGAAGAUUCAUUAUUGCAAAAUGAUGAUUUACCAAUUCCGAAAAAUGACACAAGUGUCAGUGAAAUUAAAAGAAAAAGUGAAAAAUUCGAGCAGGAGGAAAAUGAGAAUUCAGUGGAAGGAAUUGAUUAUCCAUUAGAUCUAUGGUUUCUUAUUUCUGAACAUAUUUCGCCUGAAAUGGUUGGGAAGUUUUCAAUAAUUUGUAAAAAAUCUUAUUACGUUACACACACUGCUAAAUUUUGGUUUCAUCUAUUAAGACGACAUCAUAAAUCUGUAACUGGUUUACCACAGUAUUUGAAACCUGGACAAAUAAUACGACCAUUUGGACUUCGAUUCUACGUUAUUAGAGCUCUUCAUUUUAGUUAUUGCAAAUUUUUGAAAGGCCCUGACAAUCGUUCACAAAUGGAGCAAAAAGAUCCGCAUUCGUUGGUAAAACGUUUUUGUUCCCUUAUGUGGCAUAAGAAAGGCGAAAAUCGGUGGUAUUUCUUUUUCAAAUUAAAAGAUGCAAAAGGUAGUAAAAAAAUUUCACACAUGGAUCGUUUGAAUAAUGACAAAAAUCAAAAUUUUGAAUUUUCUCAUAACGAUGUUAUGUUUAAUCCAGAAGAAGGAUGUAAAGUUCUCAGAGUUACUUGCUUGCAGUACAGUAUGUUACAACCAGUAAUUGGUUUAACGUUACAAACUGUAUCAAUGAAUUUAUCCCCAGGAUUCGAGCAUCAUCGUCUUGUACUUGGUUUUGGUUCCUAUUACGUUCCACAAACUCCGACACAAAUUAUAACAUUAGUCGGUGUUGUUCACGUUGACGUUUUUGACUGGUGGCAAAUUCAAUAUCCAUAUCAAGAUUAUCAAGAAACUAAAGAUUCGAAAAAUGUUGAAUUAACUGUCUCUAAUAAUAAUACUAAAACUCCGAUUUACGACUCGUGGGAGCAAAUUUACUCAGGUACAUGGGAUCGAGAACUAUUAAUUUAUGCAUGAUUUUGCUCAAUAAAAUAACAAAGAAUUAUGUUUAAAAAAAAACAUUUUUUCUCUCGAGACACUAUAAAGUUUUGUUGAAAAGUAAAUAAACUCUUUUUCUAUCUGAAAUGGUAACUGAAUUAAAGGUUAUUUAAAGAAAAACGCAAAAAAAAAUAGAAAGUAAUUCUUAAAUGUAUUUCUCAACAUCUGUUUUGGAAAUUAUUUUCGAAUGUAAAUUAUUUCAUAGAUUGUAUAAAUAAAUUGAUUAUUAUUAA